UGUGACCCUGAUCAGCCCCUCAAACCUCAGAUUGUUCGGAGUUUACACGGCAGGAAUACAAGCUCGCCAAGUGGUAACUAAUGUCGCAUAGUCGCUGGUGUAUUUCUCAGGACGUUACGUAGCAUGAAGUCUGGAGUGAACCGGCUCUUUAAAGAAAUAAAUGAAAUGAUAUCAGAAUGAAUAUUUGUUUGCAUUUGAAGCAACACUGUAAUCUUUUUAACCUUAUGGUUUUCACACCCAUCAUACUGCACCAUGCUUGUUCUGCUCGCUGCAAAUUCUUUUCUACGCCUCCGCCUCUUUUUUUUUUGUUUGUUUUUUUGUUUUUUUUUUCGGUUUUCAGCUCACAGAAUUUUGCACGUCUUCACCUUUUGUUUUUAAUGUUCUUGUUCAGAGAUAUCCAGGAAAAAAAAACAACAACAUCUUAAUCCUGUUAAAUGAAUUUGAACUGUUGAAGAUGUCCAUGGGAAAUCCAUAUUAAGGCAUAACGUCAUAUUUAAUGUCUAGUUUUUCAUUUAAAACGUAUUAUACUGUACAUGUUUUUAGAUUUGGACAGAUUGUUACUGUGGUUUUCCAUCGGUUGCUGUGGAAAUAUUUUGGCCCACUGUAGCAGGUUUUGUUAAUGUACUGUAGUUUGAAUUUUUUUGAGGGUCCCCCCCCACCCCCUUAUCGAGCAUUUUCAAAUUUCAUAGCAUUAAAAAAAAACAAAGCAAAACGCCCCCAUUUACCAGUAGAAUUUCAAUGAAACGCACGCUGCUGUUUACACAAUGUACUUCUAGAAACAUCUAGAACAUUACAUAAGUAACUAUGUCAUAGGUUAUAGAUUUUGGUUUGUGGUGUUUAUUUCUUAUUUAUCUUAUCUGUCUGUGCCUUUUGCUCUGUGGUCUGAACGAAACUCGAGUAGAAAUGCCCGACACGUUUCAUAUUCAUCUUCUGAAGCGUUUUCUCUUGCUUUUGUUGAUGAUAUUGCAUAAAGAAAUCGAGUCUCGGCUGUUGUGUUUCACCGUUAGUCCACUUAGACUAAAUGUCGUAUCUAAAGUUUGCUUCUUCUGUUUUAAGCUAAAGCUACGAGGCUAAAGUAGCUAACAAACGGAAUCGCCAUUGGCUUAAAUUGCCGUUUGGCUCAGUAACACCAACGUGCAUGGAGUUUUAUUUGACAAAAAUGAAAUCUCAUAUGAAUUACUUCCAGCUUCACGAUGGCCGAAUUGUUGUAUUUUUUUUAAAAAAAUAUAUUGUUUGUUUGAAGCUCUGAAUCUCUAGCGUCCAUUUUGUCUACUGUUCCAGUCAGCAGUGUCUGAGAUACUGAACGACUCGAUGAUUUAGACAUGCAGUUCGCACGAUGCUAAAUUGGUAGCUGGGAUUCUGUUACUUGUUAACUGUAUAAUCCUCUGCAAAACUAAAGAAGCAAACAUCAGACGCCAAAUAUGUCUUUUUAUCCAUCGACUACAUUUUGGUCUCGAAGGAAAAAUCAUGUGAGUUUCAUUGUUUUCUUUUUUUUUUUUUCUUUUUUUUUUUUGGAUGAACUAUUCCAUUAAAAGUUUAAACCUGAAAACCUACUUUUUAAUGACAGAAAUUGUGGUUGCAUGUUGAAAUUGUAUCAUGUGUGCGCAGUUCUUUCCGUAAUUUAAGCUUCCUUCUUUCGGUAUUAUCAGAGGGUGCCAAUAAUUCUGUAUUUAAUGAAACAUUGUUUGAUUAAAGAUGUUUUAUCAUUGAUAUAUUGUGGAAUUGUCUUACUGUGUGUCUUAAUUGUUUCAUUUUCUAAAACGUGUGUGUGUGUGUGUUUCUCCACCUCUUCUCUCACUGAUACUGAUACUGAUUCCAACAAGGCCCAUUUUUCUCUGUAGCCACCUGAUAAAGCUGAUAAUAAUGUUGCACCACCUACAUGUUUUUAAAAUAAAAUAUGCGCUCACUGGUUUCUCCUUACACUGGGAACACUGACAUUUAUAGCACAGUGCAGUAAAGGGGGGGAAAAAUAAAAGCUACAAAAUAUGGUCUAAAUUACAGUUCUGUGAGGGGGAGAAAAAAAAACUACCAUUUCACACAAUAUUCAAAAUAGCAUCGGUUACGUAGUUUAAGAAACCGGGGAAUACUAUUAACGUCUUGUACUGUAGUUUUAAAUAAUUCAAGAGGAACUUUUUCACUUGUUAUUUCCAGGGAAAGUCUGAGCGUGUGUGUGUGUGUGUGUGUUUCCUAUUUUUGUUUUGUUUAAAACUGUUCACUAGACUCACCUUUAAAUAAAAAAAUGUAAAAAAGUACCAGUCAACGUGUACAGUACAGUGCAUACCAAAACCACUCGUCACAGUGGUGUAAAUAUUUACAUUUACAAUUACAUCAGAUCAGGGAUUUCAAAUGAUAUUUAGCUGUGUACAUUUUUAGAUAUGUGUCAUACAGUGACAAAGCAAGUCGAUUUUAGAUCCUUUAUUGACUCCGCAAUGCUGUUUCACAGUCUGUACAGGAUUUCGCAGAGGGUUUUUUUUUUUUUUUUUUGUGAUUGUUGCGGCCAAAGAUGCUGGAGCUUUUAUUUAUUUAUUUUUUUUUCAAAAUUUUUUGGUGCUUUUUUGUUUUUGCCGAAAACUACACGAAUCAGCAAAAUCGCAGUCGCACGAAAUGAUUUAACGCGGUCUUUCACGGCGAUGUUUGUCGGGAAACGAGAACUUUUAGCCGUAAUCGUGUUCGACGCACGUGAAGUGGAGAGGGCGUCGGCUGAACGCGUGACGUCAACGUAAAAAGUGUGAUUUCUGCGAUCGCAAAAUCGCUAAAUCCUGGCGGGACUGAUCUGAGAAUGAGUCGACUCUUUUAGGUGAGAGUUGAAAUCCAAAUCACACGAGCCAAAUGUUUUUUUUCCCCCUUCAUUUUAAAUUUUUUUUGUAAAUGUAAACAAUGUCAUUACUUUCGCAGUGCAACUUCGUCAAAAUACUUUCGUUAUUAGUUAUCAGGAUAAAUAGCAAUGAAUCUUCUUAAUGAAGUGCAAUAACAUUAAUGCAUGGAUUCUUACACAUUUAUAAUGCCUUGUUGAACUUUUAUAAAAUGCAGUGUGUUGAUUGAUUGAUUGAUUGAUUGAUUGAUUUUAAAUGGCAUUGAGCCAUUUGAGAGCUGAAAGAGUCGACUCUUAUUGGGGAGCUGAGUCAAAUGAUUUGACUCACUGAAAAGAGCUGGAAUCCCCAUUACUAGCUGUAACUCUGCUGCAGAAAUACGGGAGAGAGAGAGAAAAAAACUCCUCGGUUGCUGAAAUAAAGUUAAGGAAAUGAUGUGUAGCUGUGACUGUGCUUUGAUAAUGAAAUGCCCCGCCCACCCAAUCUCCAUAUGGCAACGCCCCGCCCACCGGCUCUCUGCACUGUUUGUAGUUGCCGCUAUAGUUUCUGUCACUUGCAGCAACUUGAAUGCUGGAGGCAAGUCGACCCUGAGAGAUUUAUUUUAUUUUUUUUUCUAUGCAAAAUUUAUUUAUUUUAUUUUUUCCCCCCAUCUAGCUCGCACCAGGAACUUUAGGAUCAAUAUCAUUUAUAGUCUAACUUCUUACCAACUUUUUUGGUUGUUGUUAUAGCUGGUAGUGAAGAAUGCGUCAGAAAGAACGAGGAAACGGACAGACUUCAUUAGUAAACUCAUGCAAAUGAGCCGAAAUAUAGGCAAACUUCAGCGAAAAAACAGAAACGGCUUUUAUUGUUUAUAUAUUUAGUGUAAUUUUUUAUUUUAAUUUUUUUUUUUUUUUUUUUACAUUUUUGGACUCUCUCAGGUUUAUAGCCUAUGUUUUUCCAAGCGGAACUGUAACUGCAGGAUCACAUCAUGUCAUCAUCAUCAUCAUCAUCAUCAUCAUCAUGCAACUCGACUCAUCAUCAACAGCAACAGCGGACUAAAGGCAGCACGGGAUCCCCCACCAUCUCAUCAUCAUCAUCUUCAUCUUCAUCAUCAUCAUCUUCACCAUCAGUCGUUAACGGCGCGAGCCGGUUGCUGCAGCCAGUCCGUGCCACGGUGCCGUACCAGCUAAUUCGCGGGAGCCGCCGCUCCUCUCCCUCCUCUUCCUCCUUCUCCUCCUCCUCCUCUUCCUCGUGUGCGUCAGCCGGGGGCGACGUCGCAGCACCGAGAGCGCCCGGUGCCGCCGCCGCGAGCCCGACGCGAGUAGUGACGCCGCUCGCGCGCCCGCCUGGAAACGGAAGCGGCCACGGCUCCGCGGACUGCGCCGCCGGGCUGAUCGCGCGCUCCCCGCCGCCUGACCGCAAGGGCUCACCGGAGCGGCGCACCGAUUCACCUGCUAUCCGAGUUGAAAGGCCAAAAGGCCAGCAGGUGUGGAUCAGACGCACUUCCUCUCUAGGUGCCAUCACCGCCCCCUACCUGACCGGCCAGUGGCCCCGUGACCCCUACGUGCUCUACCCAUCGUGCAUGAAAGACAAAUCCACACAGACUCCUGGAUGCUGGAGUGAAGACUCAUCCGAGGGAGAGCUGAGGAACACGCACCAGCGCUCGGCGUCCUGGGGCUGCGCCGACCAGCUUAAAGAGAUCGCUAAGCUCCGCCUGCAGCUCCAGCGCACUAAGCAGGGAGGAAGUCGCCAUAUUAAAGAUAGUAGGGAGCUUCUGUCUCCCCUCCACUGCUGCAUCUUCACCACCACACACAUUACCAGCAGCAUGUCCAGCCAAGCCACGUCUCCCAUGUCGAAGCCGGCACAGAUGACCCUGCCUAACAUCACUGUACCGAAACCGUCCAUCUCACGAGUGCCCAGCAGCAUGGAGGGCAUCAACCACGAGCUGGAGAAAGUCUUUAUUAAAGAUAAUGGAGAGAAGGAAGAACUGAAGGCGUUGGAGGUGCCUGAUGGACGCCGUGCCCCGUUUCCUCCUCAGCAGCGGAGCAGUAGUACAUGUGGUUUGGACUCUCAGACCCCGGCAGUACACGGCCGCUCCAGCAGCUGCUCCAGCGCAUCCCCAUGUCCGGUAGGAUCACACGACGGCAGCCCGUACUCCACCGACGAGCUCCUCGACGACCGAGACAAAGACAGCGGCAGCAGCUCUCCUCUCCCCAAGUUUGCCUCUUCACCCAAACCCAACAACAGCUACAUGUUCAAGCGGGAGCCUCCCGAAGGCUGCGAGAAGAUCAAAGUGUUCGAAGAAACAACGUCGAGACAGUCCUCUACCACCCCCCUCUUCUCCUGCCCCGACAAAAACAAGGUGAACUUCAACCCCACUGGUUCGGCUUUCUGCCCCGUCAGAAUACCCGGCUCUCUGCUUCAACACUCGGCCUCCCAAGCUGAGGAAGAGGACGAGGAAGGAGGACACCCCAGUGCUGUGACCUCCUCGGCCAUGUACACCCUGCUCCACCCCACUCAGGUCUCCAUCAGUACCAGCACAGACGAUCCGCCAGAAUCAGACGCCGCGUCUCCGUCCCAACAAGAGGCACCACACACAAACUCAGAACUGUGCAGUUAGCUCGACUUGCCCAGAGCUGGUCUCUGUGGCACUUGGUGCCCUUCAUAGGUUGACUAGAUGCCACCUUUCCCCCUCUUUCUGGACUGAAAUGUCACCGUCUGCAUGUCAUAGUGACACACAAGGUUCCAAACACGAGAAUAGCGCUCCACUUCAAUCCGUCGUCACAUCCGCACCGGUUUUCUUACGCACUUAUACUGACAGGGACUAAAGAGCUGCAAGGCUAUAGUGUGCGAGUGUUCAGGCUGUUUUUGGAACAGCACCACAGAAGCUGGUUAAAGAUUAUAUAUAUAUAUAUAUAUAUAUAUAUAUAUAUAAACAUAUACUAUUAAUGUUAAAAUAAAGUGUGUGAAGGUUUUAUGGACCACAAAAUAUGCAAAUGUAGGUUCAAUGUUAACCUUAACCGAAAGAAAGAAAAGAGUGAGCUGUCAUUUUUUUUGCUACAGAAGUCCCAAGAGGCCAUGUUUUGUUUUGGUUUUUUUUUGGUUUUUUUUUACUCCCAUUAUCUCGCGAUUAAGAUAAUCCUUUUUGAUUAGCUUUAUUCUAUAAGCCUAAACGUCCAGGUUGUUGUCUCAAUGAAACCACUUUCACGUGAAAAAAUAAGUCGCGCAACCUCCUGGUGAGAUCAGUGUAUUUGAGAGGUACAGAUGCACCCUUCUAACAUAUCAGGUGUAGUUUUUUGAUCGCAAUUUAAAUAAAAAUAAAUAAAUAAAAGGUUUUAUGAAAUAUCCUGACCAGCAGGCUGACAUUAGCAGUGAAGAGUUGCAAUUUAUAAACACAUAUGUAUAAACAAUCUUCUCAGAAAUCUUGUCAGGUUAGCUCAGAUUAGCUAAUAAUUUAGAUAUAGACAUUAAUGAUUAUGCUCUAAAGAUAAUCCUCUCAGAAAUCCUCUCAGAUUAUUUUAUAUUACCUAGUUAGCUAGUGUGAACAGUGAAGAUUAGGUACAGAAAUUAUUAUGACCGACAAUUCCUGUCAGAAAUCCUGUCAGAAAUCCUGAUAUUAACUAGCUAGCUUGUGUUAGCAAUGCAAAUGAUGAUUAUUAAUGAUUAUGACUUAAAAUCCUGUCAGAAAUCCUUUCAGAUUAGCUUAUUCUUGUGAGCUGGCUAAUGUCGGCAGGGAAGAUUCUAAACAUUAAUGAUUAUGACCUAAAAAAUGAGUUAGCUGUGAAGAUUAUCAACACAUAAAUAUGACUUAAAACUUCUGUCAAGUUAGCCCAUGUUAGCUAGUUAGCUAGCUAGCUGGUGUUAUCAAUGAAAAUGAUAAGUAUUAAUGGUUAUGAUAUCCUGUUAGCGCAUAUUAGCUAGCUGGUUGGCGGUAGCAAUGGAAAUACAUGGAUAAACAUUACUAAAUAUGCUUUAGAAAUCCUGUCAGAUUAGCUCAUGCUAGCUAGCAGACUAGCGUUAGCAAUGAAUAUUAUAGACAUUUAUAAAUAUGAUUUUAAAAUCCUGGGAGGUUAACGUGUAUUAACUAGCUGGCUUUUGUGAGCAAUGAAAAUUCUGAACAUUAAUGAUUAUUACCUAAAAUCCUGUCAGAAAUCCUCUCAGCUUAGCUCAUGCCUACAAAGUGGAUUUUUUGUUGCUGUUUUGAGAUCAGUAAGUCGUAAUGUCAAGAUAAUAAUAAUCCACUGCCUCUUGGGACUUCUGUUUUUUUUUUUUAAAUUUUAUUCUCAUCUUAUUUAUACAUUUUGGCAUUGAGUUCUGGUCACAGUUUUUGGAUUCACUUAUUUUUUUUUUUUUUGGUGUGAUUCAUUUUCUCACUCACGUGGAUCAGAACGAUUGCACAGCUUCGCUUUCUGUUGGGUGAGUGAAAUCCAAGCAAAUCACUGCUUAACUUAAGUGGGAUAACUCCUUUUUUCAGCUAGAACAUAUGACGAUUGCGUAAUGAUUGCGUUUAGUGGAGAACGUUACAUUAAAAAAGCUUCAAGAAGGGUUUAAUAGGGUCGGAUGCAUGUAUCUGAAAUUGAUCAUAUAUGUUGACAAUUACAGUGUCAUGUCUGUUUUCUUUUUUUUAACAUCCACAGUAUGAAUAAGCUCUCUCUAUCUAUAUAUAUAUAUAUCUAUAUAUAGAUAGAUCGAUAUAUGGAUAUCUAUAUAAAAAAAAAAAAAAAGAUAAAAGCUUGUUUGGGUUUAACUGUUUAUUGCUUUAUGUAUGUUAUAGAGAAAAAGUGUGAUCUAAUCUUUGGGAUUAUGUUUACAGUCUGUCCGGGUUUUGUUACUUUUAAGAAAUUAAAUACAAAAAUAGGUUUUAAAAAGGUUUUAAAAAAAAAAAGAAGAAGAAGAAGAAGAAGACAAAUGCAUUUAAAAAAAAAAAAAACAACAACAAAAAAAACGCUAUAGUGUUGCACAGUAUCUGUUUAUAGCCCAGCUUCAGGUGUGAGUUUAAACUCAGGUAAUUUGCACUCUACUGUGUGUCCAUUCUCAACUCGAACUCCUACCACGUUUUACAUACAUAUGCAUACACGCACUCAUACACACCUGAACACACACUCCCCUCAACAGUUCGAUGUCGAUCAGCUUUUUAGUUCGUAUAUAUUACUCGUGGUCUCUUUUGAGUGUAUGUUAAAAGCUGCCGAUCCACUGACUGAAAUCCGAGGCCAAAUAGUUAGUUUAUAGGCAACUAAUUUGUAGCAACAGUAAAAGAAUAAUUCUGCUGUGUUGAUUCAGGAGGUUGUGAGUGCACCAUGGCCACUGGAUCUCCGUCGAACAUAUGCGGCUUUAUGAGCUACAUAUGAGUUAUAACGGACAGACGAAUGCUCGUCUGGAAAUUCCUACUUUACAAGCUUGAAGUCGAUGUUUUAAAGUACCUUUUCAAGUAGUUUAGAUUGGCAUCGCAUUAACUGUAAACAAAUCGUCAAUACCACAAAUCAUGUAGACAACUUACAAAAUGACUACUUAAUUAACGACUGUCUGCUGUGGAUGCAACAUCUACUGUAUAUCAGCUCCCACAACUACUUUUUUAUUGACGUAACCCCAACUCGUAAAGUCAUGGCUUGUAGGAAAAUGACUAGCGCAUCAAAAAUACAAGUUUCUUGCUAGUAA